CCAGGCCGGCCCUCGGGGAGAUCCCGGGCUUACGCCAACCCGAUCCUGGGCCGCUGACCGCGGACGCCGCUCGCCGGGGUGGCAGCCCUUUUCCUUGGGGGCCAAAGAGCCCCGCCCUGCUCCCGGCCGUGCGGAACCAGAGGCGAAGGCCCAGUUUCCAGCAGGUCGGGGAGAGAAGGGCACUUCCGGAGAUCGGCGCUCACGUGCGGAGACCCGCGUGGGACGGCUUCCGGGGUCCCGGGCGCUGGUGUCCCCGCUGCCGGCGAAUUGGGGUCCGGCGGGACCUGUGCUCGGCGGGCAGAGCUCGGCUCCGGGGCCGCGGCGCCGCCGUGGAUGGGCGCGGGGGCCGGGACGGUGCCGGGAUGGCGAAGGCGAGGGUGCUGGCCCCCGAGCGCGACCCGGGCGACCCCGCGCCUGAGCCCGGGCUCGUCAAGAAGCCGAAUCGGAAGAAAAACAGGAAGAAAAGAUUCUGGAAGAACAAAGCGCGAGAAGCAGGCAGAAAGCCGGGAAACGGCCCCGGCGUGGUGAUGGUGCGACCUCCAAAGGCACCGGAGGACUUUUCCCAAAAUUGGAAGGCGCUGCAGGAGGAGUUGCUGAAACAAAAAUCACAGGCCCCGGAAGAGCCUCUUGUUCUCUCUCAGACGGAUUCCAAAAAGCAGCCCCAAAGUGUCCAACAAAACAGGAAAGUGAUCUCAGAUAAAGCAAAGAGAGAUGAGAUGGGGACAGAAAACACAGACCCCAAGGCCGCAGGGAGCUCUGUGCCCUCAGGAUGUCUGAUGAACAGGAAGAUCCGGGCACAGCGCAAUGAGAAAGGAGCGAAGAAAAGGACCAAUGAUGACAUUUCCCCGAAACGAGGAGAAGUCAAACGUAAGAAGUGGAAAGCUGAGGAGGUGACCGCCACCUUGCCUCCGGCCCCGCCCACCGACGAAGACAUCUGGUUUGACGACGUUGACCCAGCGGACAUCGAAGCAGCCAUCGGCCCGGAGGCAGCCAGGAUAGCGAGGAAGCGGCUGGGUCAGAGCGAGAGCAGCAUCACGCUGGUGAAGGAGCGGGCCUUCGGCGGCCUGACGAAAGCCUUAGCCGCGGACUGUGAGAUGGUGGGCACGGGCCCCAGGGGGGAGGACAGCAUCGUGGCCCGCGUGUCCCUGGUGAACCAGUACGGGAAGUGUGUUUACGACAAGUACGUGAAGCCAACCCAGCCGGUGACUGAUUACAGGACGGCGGUCAGCGGGAUCCGGCCCGACGACCUGGCGCAGGGAGAAGAAUUUGAAGUCGUCCAGAAGGAGGUGGCAGACCUGCUGAAGGGCCGGAUUCUAGUCGGACACGCGCUGCACAACGACCUGAAGGCGCUGUUUCUCGGUCACCCGAAGAAGAAGAUCCGGGACACUCAGAAGUACAAACCUUUCCGGAGCCAAGUGAAGAGUGGACGGCCGUCUCUGAAGCUGCUUGCGGAGAGAGUCCUGGGGCUCCGGGUGCAGCAGGCAGAGCACUGCUCGAUUCAAGACGCGCAGGCAGCGAUGAGGCUGUACGUCCUGGUGAAGAAGGAGUGGGAGAGCAUCGCCCGAGACAGGCGGCCCCCGGCCUCCAAGGCCCACGGUGACGCCGCCUAGCAGGAGCCCCGUCCUGUGCCACACCCACGCUCACGGGCAGCUGUGACCAAGGCACCGGACAGAUGGAGGCCCCCCCGAGCAGUGACCCUGUGGAAAGGUGUCAGAAUCACGGCAGCAGGGGCGCGCGGCGUGCUCGCUGCUGAGCAGAACGUCUCCCGUCUGGUUGUGGCAUCUGAGACUCAUCCCCGCACGUGGGACGGGAGGAGGGGCUGUCCCUGGGGGCUCCCCGGGUCCCAGGACCAGAGGCGCCUACUUGUCCCCAGGUCUGCGGCGCCUUCCCCUGAGGAGGCCCCUUUCCCUCGUUGCCUUGGCCAACGGAAAGGAAAGAACUCCGCGGACUCGAGCCUGGACUGCGCGGCUGUGGGCAGCCCGGUGGCAGCCUCGUCGAGGGGUUUUCAGUGGUUCCUUUCUCACCCCCUGCACACAAGUUUAAACUGCGGGUCGGGGCCCACAGCCGGCGAGGGGAGCUCGGGCUGCCCAGCGCGGUGACGACGGUUCUCCGCAGAGGUGGGCGCCUCCCCGACUAGGGUGGACGUUCCGACCACGGGCGGGCCCGGGUGCGGGGGGCUCUCUGGCACAGGAGCAGCCGGUUGCAGUGAGUGGAGCGUGUGACACGCCGGGCUGUACUGAGCCCCCGCCAGCUGUACAGAAAGUCCGAACCCACAGAGGAGGUUGUGUGACGUAAACGCAGGUUUUUACUUGAGCUGGAGCUUGUGAAGGCUCAGUGUCUGAGGGGACUGCUGUGUCCCCCUGCUGGUCCUGGGUGACACCUCUCCCUGACCCCCACCCCUAAGGAGACGCCCUGCGGCACUGGGCGCCCCGGCAGGUACAGCAUGAGGAGAGAGAGGCGGAGCUCCCCGGGCGGCUGCCUGGGGCAGGCCUACUGCCCGCCGUCGGAGCUGCGCUGCGAGGCCUCUUCCAGCUUCUGAAGCACACUUUGUGCGUAAGAAACCAGCUCCUGGAAGGAGAACAGUAGGUCACCUGUUUCCAUGGACGGUCUCGUUACUCCAAUAACGAGUAAUUUCUGUUACUUAAUUUGCUCUUUGAAGAGGUCUCACUGCUCCUCCCCUCCAGGGUUUACUCCGGCCCAGUGUGGACACGGGCG